AUGACGGGGUACUCUGACAAAUGCAAGGAUCUGACAACCCGUUUGGUUGAGGAUAAAUGUGUCCCGUGUUCUAAGCCAACACCAGGAUUGGAAAAUACGCCUAACUGUGGCUAUGAUGACAACAAUGGACGACAUGAGGUACCCACACAACCAUGCAAAGCCAACUCUUUUAAUGAUGGCAGCAACACACUCUGUAAACCUUGCACCCCAUGUCCGGCUGGUUUUCAUACUGUCAGCCCCUGCAACUCAACCACGGAUACCCAAUGCAAUGACCUAAGAAGUCGGACCAGCGCAUUUCCUGCGAGGGAAACAACAACACAGAGUGUUUUAACAUCUUUCAACAAUAAAUCAACGAUUCAGACAAAUCAAGGAUUCAGCUCAACACCUGCCCAGUACCCAGCUAAUCCUAGUGUACCAUGGACAUUACCACUUGCCAUCAUAGUUUCCAUCAUGUUUGUUGUGUUAUCUGCUUACAUAAUCUACAAGAAGAGGAAAAGAGGAAAUGCAAAUGCAAAUGUGAACAGAAGAUCAUACAUGAAUGCAACGUUUACUUCCCUUUCUGCUUCACCUGGAAAUGAUUUGGAGAACAUUCUGAGUCCUGACAUUUUUUCAGAUCCUCUACGGACUGUGCUGGACAACUUGGAUGUUUUGGAAGAGCUGGUAAUUUUGUUGGAUCCAGAGAGCCAUGGAGUAAAGAACACCAGACAUCUUGCAUCCCUGUGCUCCUUCACGUCCACCUGGAUCACUUACACCUACUCCAUGAAGGACAAUAAGAGCCCUCUUAAAGCCGUGCUUGAGGGGGUCACCAGCAAGCACCCUGAAUGGACAGUAGGGCAUCUGGCUAAGCUGCUAAGACAUAUGGAGCGCAAUGAUGCCAUUUCCGUCCUCGCCAAACUCAGUCAGUGAAUCUCUGACGUGGCAUUUUCUACUGAACUGAAUUGUAAUAGCAACAUAUAUUAUUUUAUAAUAAAGAAAG